GUCUGAAACUUUCUUCUCCUCCUCCUCUUCCUCCUCUUCCUCCUCGUUUGUGCUCCGCGUGCGGGAUGAGCCGUGGCACGCGCUCACCAUGAGAGAGCUCUUCUUCCCUUUCUUCUUCUCCUCCUCCUCCUCCUUCUCCUCCUCUUCUUCUUCUUCUAGUUCUCCGUGUAGCUCUCUCUCCCUCCGCCGCCUCGCGUUCCUCUAGACGCCUCUCGACCCAGUUCCGUUAUGCGAGCUCCAGCUGGCCGGUCGGUUGUCGUGCUGCGGUCGGUGCCCGUCCGAGAUAACGGAGAACCAGUGAUUCUCAGCCGGUCUGGUUACUGCAAUGAAUGGUAACACUAUCCAUCCAGCCAACACCACCACACCAGCAGGAGGAGGCCCCGGCGUGGCAGCACCCCCGAGAGGCUGGAGCGAGUUCUGCGAGCUGCACGCCAUCGCCACAGCCCGGCAGCUGGCUGGACACUACCGGAGCUUUGCCAGAGAGUGGCCACAGCAUGACGUGCUCCCACCAGAGACUUUCUCCAAGCAGUUUACCGACCUCUUCCAGAAGCACUUCUGCGGCGAGGUUGACAAAGAUGGCAUUCCGCUCAUACAGAACAGAUGCUCUACCUCUACCGGUAGCGCUCCUUCCACAUCUCCAGCCACCCGUCCCCUGCCAUCACAGCCUGUGACUGGUCGAUCCCGGAUCACAUCUUUGUCAGGAGUGCAGGACUAUCGGGAGGCUGCCCGUCAAAGUGGAGGCGCUGCUCUAUUGGCUGUGGUUCCACCAAAAGUGGAGCCGGUGGUGGUGAGCCGGGACCAGGAACAGCCCCUGCAAUGUGCUGCAGGAAACUCCUUGUUGAGAAACCCGGGGGUGCUGAGAGGGUCAACUCGUAGUGUCGGCGGCGGGUCACUGCUGAUGCAUAGCCAUGGCAACGAGGAGAUCUCUGGCACCAAUCGUCGGCGGCUAUCUGACUCCUCAGCCUCCAACCCUGGACACGCUGACGUCACUCACUUCUCUGUCAGUCAGAUCCAGCAGACAGUAAGAAGGCUUUUUAAGAAGCGGCCCUGUCCUAGCCCCCCCACAACCCAGGACCUGUCCUCCAGCAACCCCAACCCCACCACCGCCAACAACAACUCCCCAAAUAAUAGUGGCAGAGUGGGCGGGAUUUACUCAACAAAUGAGGAGGUGUCGUCCUCCUCCUCUUCAUCCCACUCUUCCUCUUGUCUGAUCUCUGAAGCCACCCCCCCAGGCGCUUCACAUUGGUCUGUGGCGGGAGUAGCAUCGCACUUCCUGGAUCGUUUACGUUGGUUACACAGCAGAAGCAUGAGGCAGAGGAGGUCAGAGGUGAGCGGCUGCUGUAAAGAGGGCCAAAUGAGGUACUUAUUGGUGGAGGACACGAUCUCAGACUCUCAGCCCUGCUGGCAACGCUGCCGUCUGCUGGUCAGGAGGAUCAGAGACGCUCAAGGAGGAGGAGGAGGAGGAAGAGGAGGAGGGGAGAGGUACCAGUUGGAGCUCUAUGAUCCUCCAAAGGCGUCCAGCGCCAAGCUGACGACUCAGUGCUCUGACAUCCAAGAAGUCCGUCGAUGCAACCGACUGGAGAUGCCCGACAACUUAAACACAUUUGUUUUAAAGGUUAAUCGAGGUAGUCUGAUAUUUGAGACCGACAACGACCAGCAGGUCAGCUCCUGGACCACAGAGCUGAAAGAAUGUAUCAGCAACAGGUCGGGCAGCGUGGAUCUGGAGCCCCUCCCCUCCCCAGCUGACAGCUCCGUUCCAGCCAAUCGCAGAGGAAGCUCGGCGUCCGCAAGUCAAAUCCCCCCCGCCUUCACCCUGCCGGAGCAGCUCGUCCAGAAGACGGAUCACUUCCUCUUCUCCUACCCAUGGUUCCACGGGCCCAUCUCUCGCGUCAAGGCGGCCCACCUGGUCCAGAGCUCCGGACCCGAGGGACACGGCGUCUUUCUGGUUCGACAGAGCGAGACGCGCCGGGGGGACUACGUCCUCACGUUCAACUACCAGGGGAAAGCAAAGCACCUGCGCCUCUCCCUCACAGAGUGGGGUCAGUGUCGGGUGCAGCACCUGCGCUUCCCCUCCGUCAUGGACAUGCUCAGCCACUUCCGCCUCUUCCCCAUCCCUCUGGAGUGUGGAGCCGCCGGGGCCGUCACGCUGUCCAGCUUCGUGGUGGCGGGCUCCAGCCCUCCGUCCCAGGGUUCGCUCUCAGGCGCCGUCCUGGUCCCGUUCUCCCUCCAUCGCUGGAGCUCUGAACCCAGCUUGGCUCACUGCAGCCUGGCUCGCGGCUGCGGUCAGCCCCCCCCCUCCUGCUCCACCACCAGCUCCGCCUCCACUCCCAGCUCCGUGUCCAGGCAGGGGACCCACCCCCCCGGUCGCCCCGUCCCCAACCCUCUCCUGACGGCGCCCGCUCCUCUGCGCCGGAGCGAGUCGGUGGGGAGGCGGCCUCUGCUGCGCCACGCCCCCCCGCACACUCCCAUCAUCCCCCAGCGGGACUCGGACUACGAGUUGGAGCCGGAGCGCGGCCGCAAGCGGGCGAUCGACAACCAGUACAUGUUGCUGUGAUCUGCUUAGUCGCAUACCUGCAUCACCUCGGAAAGACAGAAGUCACCUGUGAAGC